AUGACACUCGGUUUCAAAAAUCUACGCAAUGCCGUGGGCAUUUUCCGUGGCACCGCCGCCAAAGCUGGGCAUAUCCGCGGCAUAUGCGCCACGAGGCGAUACUCCACCGCCUACACCCCCGAGUUCAUACGGUCUGUCUUCUCGAACGUAGCUACGCGAUACGACCUCAUGAAUGAUCUGAUGAGCGUUGGGAUCCACCGGCUGUGGAAGGAUACGUUUGUGACGGAAGCAGUGACCGCCGUCGCCGACCUUAACAAUGAAAUCGCGAAAGCGACCUUCGAGGGCAGAGAAUACGAAGGGCCUACCGUAUUGAAGAUCCUAGAUCUCGCAGGCGGCACUGGAGAUAUCGCUUUCCGCAUACUGGACAAGGCCAAGGACAUGCGUAUAAAGGACGCUGGAGGGUUCAUCCUGCACUCACCGAAAACGCGCAUCCAACCGGAAAUCACAAUCAUGGACCCAUCAUGUGAAAUGACCGAUGUUGGGCAACAGCGCGCCGCGAGCCUUGGUUUCACGGACAUCACGUGGACCAAUGCACCGGCGGAAAACAUGCCCGUACCAGACGACACCUUCGACAUCAUCACGUGCGCCUUCGGGCUGCGGAACUUCAGCGACCGGAUGCAAGGGCUCAAGGAGUGCUACAGGGUGCUCAAACCCGGUGGCAGGCUCAUGAUCCUCGAGUUUAGCCAUUGUGAAAGCAGCCUCUUGGGAGCACUCUAUGAAGCCUACUCAGACCUCGUCAUACCCAACCUGGGGAAAUAUAUCGCAAAUGAUGUGAAUGCGUACCAGUAUUUGGUAGACUCUAUCCGCAGCUUCCCUACGCAGGAGGAGCUGGCCGAGGCGCUCACGAAACUCAACUUCACGCUCGUGUCUUAUCGCAACCUCUCCGGCGGAAUCGUCGCCAUGCACUCAGCAUUUAAACAACAGUGA